UAGAGACAAAAAAAUAAAAGGAGAAAAAAAAACAAAAUAUUACCAAUAAUAGCCUAAUAAUUCGGAGAUUUGUAAUAGAAUAGCUGUUUUUUUUUUACUGAGCUACAUUUCAACUGUUAACACAUGGCCGAUGCUCUCCGUUAACUUUAACGGUCAUUUCUACCGGUUUCCAUAAACGGCGACUUAUAAUUCAUCAGUUUCCAUAAACGGCGAUGAGAAACUUUUCGGUGAAUCCAAAUGAUUACAAGCUUCUAGAAGAAGUAGGUUAUGGAGCAAGUGCAACUGUUUAUAGAGCGAUCUAUCUUCCUUUUAAUGAAGUGAUUGCAGUAAAGUGCUUGGAUCUCGAUCGCUGUAAUAGCAAUCUGGAUGACAUACGCAGGGAAGCUCAAACGAUGAGUUUGAUAGACCAUCCUAAUGUGAUAAAGUCAUUCUGUUCAUUUGUUGUUGAGAGCUACCUCUGGGUGGUGAUGCCCUUCAUGGCUGAGGGGUCUUGUCUACAUCUCAUGAAAAUAGCAUAUCCAGAUGGAUUCGAAGAAUCUGCUAUUUGUUCUAUGUUGAAGGAAACUCUAAAGGCGUUGGAAUAUCUCCAUCGGCAUGGGCACAUCCAUCGAGACGUUAAGUCUGGGAAUAUAUUGCUGGACACUAAUGGGGCAGUAAAGCUGGGCGAUUUUGGUGUUUCAGCAUGCAUGUUUGACAGUGGUGAUAGACAGCGGUCUAGAAAUACCUUUGUAGGAACUCCGUGCUGGAUGGCACCGGAAGUUCUGCAGCCUGGAACUGGAUAUGAUUUCAAGGCUGAUAUUUGGUCAUUUGGAAUAACUGCCCUGGAGUUGGCUCAUGGUCAUGCACCAUUUUCAAAGUACCCUCCAAUGAAGGUACUACUGAUGACAAUACAGAAUGCCCCUCCUGGACUUGAUUAUGACAGAGACAAAAAAUUCUCUAAGUCAUUCAAGGAAAUGGUUGCAAUGUGCUUGGUGAAAGAUCAAACUAAAAGGCCAACCGCUGAGAAGUUGUUAAAGCAUUCUUUUUUCAAAAAUGCCAAGCCUCCAGAGCUUUCUGUAAAGAAACUCUUUGCUGACUUGCCACCUCUUUGGAAUCGAGUUAAAGCCCUUCAGCUUAAAGAUGCUGCCCAACUAGCUUUGAAGAGAAUGCCUUCUUCUGAGCAGGAAGCAUUAUCACAGAGCGAAUACCAACGAGGAGUUAGCGCCUGGAACUUUGAUCUGGAGGAUUUAAAGCUUCAGGCUUCACUGCUACAGGAGGAUGACGAAAUACAAGAAAUUAAGGAAGAAAAUGAUACCAUGAAAGCUUAUAUGAACUACAAGGAGAAAUCUAUUGCCAUACCAUAUGCUGGAAAAUCAACCCCUAGGGAAGAUUCUAAUGCCAGUGAGCAAGAAAGUGUUGGUGAAGUGCCAUUAGCUGAAUAUGAGAUCAAGAAAGGAAAAGCUUUGGAAAGUAAUCCGCUAGAUCCUGGUCAUUGGGAGAAAAAUGGACUGAAGAGGAAUACAUCAAAAACGGAGUUGCCACCCCUAACCUCAGACAAGGAUGCUUUACCGACCAAGAGUAGAACGCAAACAACAAAAGCUCGUCAAAGUCAGAGCGGACCACUUAUGGCGGGCAUUGUACUUAGUCACUCGGCAUCAGAAAGAGCUCGAAACUCCGAAAGAAGUGAGAUUGAAAAUCAACAACCAGGAGAUAAAGCCAAUCCAGUGCGAAGAGCACCCAGCUUUAGUGGCCCUUUAAUGCUUCCAAACCGAGCUUCAGGAAAUAGUUUAUCAGCUCCGAUUAAAUCAUCUGGGGGAUUCAAAGAUUCUUUGGAUGAUAAGUCGAAGCCAAACUUGGUCCAAAUAAAAGGCCGUUUCUCUGUAACAUCAGAAAAUGUAGAUCUUGUAAAGGAUAUUCCGUUAUGUACAGUUCCAAGACGAUCUUCCCAAGGAUCACCACUUAGGAAGUCUGCUAGUGUUGGAGAAUGGCUGGUCGAAUCUAAACAAAUGCCACCCUGUCAACCGCCCAAGGAACUUGGCCCUAAUAAUGUUCCUGCUUCAGUUCUCAUGCCUCACCUGCAAAAUCUCUUUCAACAGACGUCAAUUCAACAGGAUCUCAUUGUAAAUCUAUUGAGUAGCUUGCAACAAUCUGAGGCAGCAGAUUCUUCUCCAAAUGGAAAGUUGUCUUCCCAACAGCGCCCAGAGAACAAUGGAACUGUUGAAGCAGCCGUUUCUGAAAGGGAGAAGCUAUUGCUAGUCAAAAUAUCUGAGCUUCAGGCUAGGAUGAUUAAUUUGACAGAUGAAUUAACUGCAGAAAAAGCUAAAUACUGGCAGUUGCAGCAGCGGUUGCAAUGUCAAGUUGCGGAGAGGAUGGGGACAGAAGAGAAUUGGAAUAUCGAUGAGAAAUGAUACUUAUCAUGUGUGAACACCUCGUAUAUUCAGGUUGAAGUAUAGGAAGAGGCGGACUGUACUUAUUCUUAUGUCGCUGAAUCAUGCACUUGUCCUUGUUGAAUAGCUCGCGUGGAAGAAUCCAUCUCCAAGUGGCAAUAAACAAAAUAAUCAGUGCAUAGAUCAUUUCUUCAUUUGUUUGACGAGAGUACGAGCUGAAAACAAGCUUCUUGUGCAUAUUCACGUCUUCCAAUCCGGGGGAUUAUUUACUUAGAUCUAGAAGAUUUUGGAGAAGAUCCCGGCGGGGAGAGGAAGGCAGAGGGGUUGGGGUGGAGGAUUCAAUUCCUUCCAAUUUUAUUUGUAGAUCCUUAGUUUAUGUUGUAGUCAGUCUGAAUGUAUACAUUGAGUUGUAAUUUUGUAACAUAUCAUAACAAAUGUGAUCAUGAGAUGUAUUAAAUAAUGCCUUUUAGCUUCACAAGCAUCCCUCAAACUGGUCGAUGCCUAACAUACUUGUGGCCGCUGCCAAAUUGCCAAUUGCAUAAAUGCAGAGAUGCAUCAAUUACUGUUGGAUCCCAUUGAAUCUAAACAA